AUGCCCAGCUUCAAUUUCACCAUCCCAGACAUCCCCACGCUCCUCGAACCAUACCGUGAGAACCUCCCGCCGGCGGUGCAGGCGUACUUGACCCGCACUAACCUGCAAGCCCUCCUGCGCGUCAUCGUCGCCAUCUCGACGUACGCUCUCUUCCGCCCGCACCUAGAGUCGCUGUUCCGCAAGAUGACGGGGACGCCGGUUCGGAGGGAGGAGGAGGCAAGGGCGAGGUUGGAGUUUCUUCGACGGCAGCAGCAGGAAGGGAGCGGGGUUGCGGCGGGAGCAGGAGGAGGAGCAGGAAAGGCGAAUAAGAGUGUGGGGAUCGUGGGGAAAGAUGGGAAGAUUUAUCAGGUUGUUCCGCCGCAGGUAGGACAACAGCAGCAGCAGCAGCAGCAUGGAGGAGGGAAGAAUCGGUCAGGAAGCAGGAAGAAGGAUGCAAGGAAGAAGGUGUGA